AUGUGCGCCGCUAAGCGUAAGGCUCAGCUCGCGGCCCGCAGCUCGUCUAGGCGCUCAACCCAAGGCUUACAGCUAAAUUCGAAGCUCAACUCGAAGCCCAUCUCGAAGCUCAACUCGAAGCUCAACUCGAAGCUCAACUCGAAGCUCAAUUCGAAGCUCAACUCGAAGCUCAUUUCGAAGCUCAACUCGAAGCUCAUUUCGAAGCUCAACUCGAAGCUCAUCUCGAAACUCAACUCGAAGCUCAUCUCGAAACUCAACUCAAGGCAUGCAGCUCAACACAGGUCUCGACCCAAGGCUCAACUAGCGGUCCGUAUCUCUGGUCGAGGCUCAGCUCGAGGGUUAGCUCGCGGCCCGCAGCCCGGGGCCGAAACUGUUUCCCAAGAGUCAGUGCAAGGCUUACCACUCAACUCGCCAUCCACAGAUCGAGUCGAGGUUCGAUCCGAGGCUCAACCCAAUGCUCAUAGCUCCGGACAAGACUUGCCUACUGAAGAAUUUUAUCAAAAGCAUCUUUACAGUGAAGCAGUGCCUUCUCGCACAACGGGCUUUUGCAAACUUGGGAACUGUCCUGGUAAGCCUCAGACGAAAUACAUAUGGCAUAAGUAUUUACGGCAGCAUCAACGUCGAUCGCACAAACUGCUCAAGCGGGAAACAAAAACGUCCAAGCAGGCGGAAGAACUGUCGGCAGGACAAUCUCCUUUGCUAACGGACGCCAAGAUAUCGCGACAUCAAGUGAUAAAAGAGGAAGCCCUUGAAGACUUACGCAACAGAACCUGUAACGUCAACGGGAGUUUGAGAAAUUCACAUGGCUUCAUGACCAAUGACGAGGUCAAGCACAUUUUACCAAGAGCACAGCCUCCAAAUACGGACCCAAAAGCAGGAGAAGUAGAAGCAACUUUUUGCACGGCUGAAGAGUCUCGCGGACUAGUCAAUGAUACGAUUACGAAUCCAAUUGUCAUCAAAGGUCAACCAGAAUGUGUAUUUGUUGGCCAAAAACGUCCAAUUGAGCAAAUCCUCGAUGAAUGGCUAUUAGAUCUGAACAAACGGGUCUCAGUACAGAUUCCAACUCGAGACCAAAGCCUUGAUACUUUCGAGGUACGAAAACUGAGAGAGGUCUAUGACAAAUUCAUGCCCAACACAAAAUCUGAUCAACCUUGGAAUGUCCUGGACCUUUCGAACCCUCUUCCUAAUAUCCUGCCACCAUGUAUCGAAGCCAUGAACUGCCAACUUCUCCAUCUGAUUCAGCACCAUAGCCUGCAAAGCGAUUGGGCCCAGAGAGAUGCUUCAUCGCGGAGAGAAGCCCGUCACCACAAGAAUGUCCUUGAAGGAUUGCUUUUAUGUGAGGGCGGGCACUGGACUUCGUACCAUACAGACAGUAAAGGCUUUUCAACCUUUAUCAAGUCUCAAGAGGGCGUCACUAUCGUCGUUUUCCUGGCCAACCCAACUGAUGAUGAAUGGGACAAUUGGGCAUCAGAUGUCAGCCAAGACAACGGCCGGAUUCGUUUCGUUAUUUUGGAACCUGGGAAUACCAUCCUCCUGCCAUCCGGAUGUAUACACCUAGUUGGUCGAUGCAAACAAACGCUGAAUACGACGGGUCAUUUCUUGCAGUGGUCGGGCAUUGGCGUCUGGUUGAAAAUAUUGAGAAAGCAGCGGGUUAAGAAGCAGAUAACGAACGAAGAAAUGACAGAUGGCAGUAUCUCGGAACUGCUUCGCAUCGCCCUCAAGCUCAUCGAAACUAAGAUAGGGAAAAACCAAGUCGAGGUCAUGGGAGGAAUGGAUAAGGCCCUCAAAAAUGCACAAAUGAUUAAGGUAAGCGUCCGCCCCGGCGGGAAAACAGAAGUCACUAACGCGGCGACAGGAUUUGUUAGAAGAAAUCAAACUUAA